UCCCGCCCUCUCCUUGCUCAGGUGGGCGCGCCCGGUGCCCGGUUCAGCAGGGGCGUUUGGAAGAGAACGGAAAGUCGCGGGCCCCGCUGCUGCCGCGCGGGAUGCCUUUCGCCAAGCGGAUCGUGGAGCCGCAGUGGCUGUGCCGACAGCGGCGCCCGGCACCUGGCCCAGAUGAGGACACAAGUGAAGGUAGCAUCGAACCACCGCCGCCACCACCGCCGCCGCCGCCGCCGCCGCCCCUGCAACUGCCUGGUCGACGGGAGGAGGCCGAAGCACCAGGGGCCGAGGAGCCUCCCCAUGCGCCGCCUGUGCUUCCCGGGAUGCCACCACCUCUGCUGCCGCUGCCCUCUCCCGCGGCGGCGGUGGCGGAUCCGGCUCAGCCGCCCCCCAGUGAAGACCCCGAGGUGGGCGAGGAAAUCGUGGCGGGGGUCCCAGAGGCAGGAUCCGCCACUGGCGAUGCGUCCUCGGCUACAGCGGCUGCUGUGUUGCUCAUGCUAGACCUGUGCGCAGUCAGCAACGCUGCCCUGGCCCGCGUCCUCCGGCAGCUCUCAGACGUGGCCAGGCACGCGUGCAGCCUCUUCCAGGAGCUCGAGAGCGACAUCCAGCUGACCCACCGCCGCGUCUGGGCGCUGCAGGGCAAGCUGGGUGGCGUGCAACGCGUCCUCAGCACCCUGGACCCCAAGCAGGAGACAGUGCCUGUCUCCAACCUUGACAUCGAGAGUAAGCUGAGCGUGUAUUACCGUGCACCCUGGCACCAACAGCGAAACAUCUUCCUUCCAGCCACAAGGCCACCCUGUGUGGAAGAGCUGCAUCGCCAUGCCCGCCAAAGCCUGCAAGCCUUGCGCAGAGAACACCGGAGCCGUAGUGAUCGCCGGGAGCAGAGAUCUGCUGCUCCCCUAUCCAUAGCUGCUCCGCCAUUGCCAGCCUACCCUCCCGCUCACAGCCAGAGAAGGCGUGAGGUGAAGGACCGCCACUUCCUAACGUUUAACAGCACCCGUUCGCCCUCCCCCACUGAGUGUUGCCACAUGGCCCCAUGGAGUAGAAAGUCUCACCCUCCUGAGGAUGAAAAUGCAGAUGUCAUGUUAGGGCAGAGGCCAAAAAACCCAAUACACAAUGUCCCCUCGACACUGGACAAGCAGACCAACUGGAGCCAAGCGCUGCCUCUCCCAACGCCAGAGGAGAAGAUGAAACAAGAUGCCCAAGUGAUUUCUUCUUGCAUUAUUCCCAUCAAUGUCACUGGAGUUGGUUUUGACAGAGAGGCUGGUAUACGCUGCUCUCUUGUUCAUUCACAAUCUGUCCUACAGCGAAGACGGAAAUUGAGGAGAAGGAAAACCAUCUCGGGUAUCCCCAGAAGAGUUCAACAAGAAAUAGAUUCUGAUGAGUCCCCAGUGGCCAGGGAAAGGAACGUGAUUGUGCACACAAACCCAGACCCCUCCAAUAUUGUCAAUCGGAGGUCCGGAACCAGGGAUUCAGAAUGCCAAACUGAAGAUAUUCUGAUUGCUGCCCCAUCCAGAAGAAGAAUCAGAGCUCAAAGGGGUCAAAGCAUUGCAGCUUCCCUUUCUCAUUCAGCUGGCAACAUUUCUGCCCUGGCAGACAAAGGUGACACCAUGUUUACUCCUGUAGUGAGCAGCCGUACCCGUUCUCGGAGCCUUCCUCGAGAGGGUAAUAGAGGUGGAGAUGCUGAGCCCAAAGUUGGUGCUAAACCUUCAACCUAUGAAGAUGGAGAACCUUUUGUGGGAGACCAUGAAAGAACCCCUAAUGAUUGUAGUGAGGCUCCAAGCAGCCCAAGUGCACAGGAACACCAGGCUGCAUUGGGACUGGCCUGUUCUCAGCAUAUUCACAGCCCCCAGCACAAGCUAAGCGAGAGAGGAAGGUCACGUCUAUCCCGAAUGACUGCUGACUCUGGCAGCUGUGAUAUCUCCUCCAACUCAGACACCUUUGGGAGCCCCAUCCACUGCAUCUCCACUGCUGGCGUCCUCCUUGGCAGCCACAUGGACCAGAAAGAUGACCAUCAGUCAUCCAGUGGUAACUGGAGUGGCAGCAGCUCCACAUGUCCCUCGCAGACCUCAGAAACAAUUCCUCCUGCAGCUUCACCUCCCCUCACUGGCUCUUCACACUGUGACUCAGAGUUGUCUCUCAACACAGCUCCUCAUGCUAAUGAAGACACCAAUGUCUUUGUGGCAGAGCAGUACAAUGACCACUUGGAGAAAGUGAGAGGCCACCGGGCCAACUCCUUUACCUCCACUGUUGCUGAUCUCCUGGAUGACACCAACAACAGCAACACAAGUGACAGUGAGUGGAAUUACCUACACCACCAUCAUGAUGCAUCCUGCCGCCAAGAUUUUAGUCCUGAGCGUCCUAAGGCAGAUAGUCUGGGCUGCGCGAGCUUCACAAGCAUGGCCACUUAUGACAGCUUUCUGGAAAAGUCUCCAUCAGACAAAGCAGAUACUAGCUCCCACUUCUCAGUCGACACGGAAGGAUACUAUACCUCCAUGCACUUCGAUUGUGGUCUGAAAGGUAAUAAAGGCUAUGUCUGUCACUAUGCAGCCCUAGGCCCAGAGAAUGGCCAAGCCGUUGGGGUUCCUCCUGGUCUUCCCGACUGCGGCUGGCAGGACUACUUAGAUCACCGGAGGCAGGGGCGACCAAGUAUCUCUUUCAGGAAACCAAAGGCAAAGCCAACCCCACCUAAACGUAGCUCAUCGUUGAGGAAGUCUGAAGGCAACACAGAUGUUUCUGAGAAGAAAGAACCAAAGAUAAGCAGUGGUCAGCACCUGCCUCACAGUUCCAGGGAAAUGAAGCUGCCUCUUGAUUUCUCCAACACACCUUCUCGAGUGGAAAAUGCCAGUGUUCCUACCAAACAGGAGCCUUGGAUGAACCAGAGUGAACAUGGUGUUAAGGAACCUCAGUUAGAUACCACAGAUAUUCCAUCAUUCAAAGAUGAAGGUGCUGAAUCAACUCACUAUGCAGACCUCUGGCUUUUAAAUGACUUGAAAACAAACGAUCCUUAUAGAUCUUUAUCCAAUUCAAGCACAGCUACAGGUACUACAGUUAUCGAAUGCAUCAAAUCUCCAGAGAGCUCUGAAUCCCAAACAUCACAAUCAGAAUCAAGGGCCACCACUCCAUCUCUUCCUUCAGUUGACAAUGAAUUUAAAUUGGCUUCACCAGAAAAGCUGGCUGGCUUGGCAUCUCCAUCAAGUGGUUACUCAAGCCAGUCUGAAACACCAACAUCCUCUUUCCCAACCGCUUUCUUUUCAGGUCCAUUGUCUCCUGGAGGUAGCAAAAGAAAACCUAAAGUUCCAGAAAGGAAAUCCUCCCUACAGCAGCCUUCUUUAAAAGAUGGAACUCUAUCACUGAAUAAAGAUCUUGAACUUCCGAUUAUACCUCCUACCCAUCUUGACCUAAGUGCUCUUCAUAAUGUCUUGAAUAAACCAUUCCAUCACCGUCAUCCAUUGCACGUUUUUACUUAUAAGCAGAACCCAGUAGGAGAAACGCUGAGGUCAAAUCCUCCACCAUCUCUUGCAAUUACGCCAACAGUCUUGAAAUCUGUUAACCUUAGGUCCAUCGGCAAGUCUGAAGAAGUUAAGCAAAGAGAAGGCAACAAUACAGAUGUGCCCCACUUAGAGGACAGUGCUCUCACAAUGGCUGCCCUGUCUCCAGGCAAGACUAGGUCACAUACAACAAAGAAACCAAUAUCCCGUCAGUAUUCUGCUGAAGAUACCAUACUGACCUUUGUAGACUCCACUGCAGUUGAGAUGGGACCAGAUAAACUCCAUUUGGAAAAGAACCCUACUUUUGAUGGGAAGAACCACUGCCAUCCAGAAACUGUAACCUCAACUGGUAGCACAAAAGACCAACCACAGAUGGGAAAUGACCCUGUGCCAGAAAAUGUAUCAAGUAAAAGCUGUGGGGUUUCCACUGAAGGAUUUCAGAGGGUAUUUGCUGGCCGCCACAAUGAUUUGGAUGGUAAAAUAAUACAGUGUGGAUCUGGGUCAGAUGGAGCCCUAGUGCAGGUACUGAAAUCAUCCUCUGUAGAUCAAGAAGAUGGUACCCAAUCUGAAUCUGUGGAUGUAAUCACAUUUCAGUCCACUUCACCAAUGAGAGCAACAGACAUAAGCAAUCAACGUAAGCAUCAACUUGUUAUGAGCCGCCACCAUGACAAAGUGCCUGGGAAUAUCCGCUAUGAAUCAGAGACAUCAACUGUAAACUCAUUCCCUGAAAAAUGUUCUGAGCAGGAAAAUAUUGCUUCAGGUGUUUCACCCCAAAGUGCCUGUGAUAACAGCAGAGCAGAGGAGACCCAAGGAAACGUGGAUGAGGCUUCAUUGAAAGAAUCAUCACCAAGUGAUGACUCCAUCAUCUCACCCCUUAGUGAAGACUCGCAAGCUGAAGCAGAAGGCGUGUUUGUGUCUCCAAACAAACCUCGGACAACUGAGGAUUUAUUUGCUGUCAUUCACAGAUCCAAGAGGAAAGUACUUGGAAGAAAAGAUUCCGGUGACAUGUCUGUUCGAAGCAAAUCCAGAGCUCUCCUCAGCAGCAGCAGUGGUGGUGGUGGUGGCGGCGCCAGCAGCAGCAGCACCAGCAGCACCAGUUCUGUCACCUCCUCCAGCAGCAGCGUGACAACUGCAAACAGCCAGAGAUCUCCUGGUCUCAUCUACCGAAAUGCCAAAAAAUCCAACACAUCCAACGAAGAGUUUAAGCUGCUCCUCCUCAAGAAAGGCAGUCGCUCUGAUUCCAGUUACCGCAUGUCCGCCACAGAGAUCCUCAAGAGUCCCAUCCUGCCGAAACCUCCUGGAGAGCUUCCAGGGGAGGCCCCACAAAGUUCUGAUGAUGCCCAUCAGGGAUCCCCUGGGGCCGAGGCAUUGUCCCCUCUCUCUCCCUGCUCCCCACGGGUCAGUGUAGAAGGGUUCUCCUCAAAGAACUUUGCCAGCUCAGCAUCAGCCAGGGUGGGACGAUCCAGAGCACCUCCUGUGGCCAGCAGCAGCCGGUAUAGUGUACGCUGCAGGCUGUACAACACACCCAUGCAGGCCAUCUCUGAGGGAGAGACAGAAAACUCUGAUGGGAGCCCACACGAUGACCGCUCCUCGCAGAGCUCCACAUAGGCUUCCGUGCCAGGCUCCCUCCCAAUGCCCAAACCCUUAGUAAUGACAGACCCUAGGGAUACCACAGAGAUCUCGAGAGAAUUCCCAAUAGGAUGGGGGUACCAUAACUGCUAAGUAAUGAAUUUUUAAAUACCUGCUGGGGAGAUGGGAUGUUGAUGGAGUCAUUCUGGAUUGGUUUCCAUGUUUUAAGUAGCUGCACUGUUUUUCAUGGUUUUCUUUAGCUUAGUUUGAUUUAUCUGAUUUCAUUCCCUGUGAUAAUAGGAAAUACAAAAGAGAUAAAAGUAUCUACUUUUCAUGAAACCUAUACAAGGUUUUCCCAGAGCUGCCUAUUCAGAAAAUAAAGCCCUCACUGUCAUGAUUCUUUAAGAAGAUGAAAUUACUCCGGAGGUUUGGUAUUUUUUUACAUUAAAAUGAACUAAAGCAAAAUUUAGAAGAAAGAACUACACAUAUGUAAAUACCAUAUUUUUGAUAAAAGUGUGUAAAUAGAUUUAUCAACAAUGAGUGGACAUGUGGCCAAUUAUCUACCGCACACCAACUGUUUAUAGAACACACAAGAAUAAAGUAUAAUAACUGUAUUCUGUGAAUACCAUUUUCAUAUUAAAUACCAUAUUUAAAUGUCCACCAGUAUGAUUUCAAAGUGAUGAACCUCAAAUAUGAAUUAAAAACUGGCAUAUUAAAAAAAUCUUGAGGUCAUAUACUGAAAUGUGGUUAAUCUGAAGUAAUGAACUCAGACCUAGUCAUUUAUGUAAACAAGCUAAUAGAAACUCGUGGCUUUGAUUUGCCAUGUGGAAAUCUGGACAGAAUGAAAAGCAUGCUUUUGAUUGACACCUUUUAUCAAUGAAAGAAAUCAUCAUUCUCAACACAAAGCCCUGAAAAACAGCAUUUGACAGUGUCUUUUAGGUUUUAAUUUUUUUAAUGGAUUGCUUUAAAGAGAAUGAGUAGGAAAACCAGUAGUUCAUUUUAGGUUAUGAUGAAACAUAUUAGGCUACUGGGGUCAUAAUCUAAUGACUAGAAUCUUUUGAAGUCCUUAAAUGGUUUAGCAAUUAGCUCCAGGUUCUUAAACUAACGAAGAGAAAACCUAAGCAUGUUACAGAGCUAUUAAAACCUGCAAUGAGUUUUCAGCAAAGCUUUCUCUCUGUACUGAUGAAAUUCAUGCUACCUAAAAAAGUGAACAGAAAUGACACUGUGAACAACGUAGUUGGGAGAUAGGUAUGUGUAUAUGCAUUAUUUAUAUUCACUAUUAAACUGGGAAUGGGGCGCAGUUCUGGUUCACAAUGCUACAUACAACUGAGUUUUUGUCUGGCUUUACUCUAUCUGCUUGAUGGCAAAGGGGAGGGUGGUGGGUGGGGAAGGAAAUGUCAGGGCAAAGGCUCUGAUAACAUGAAGGCAGGGAAAUAAGCUGAAUUACUUGAAAUUACUUGAAUUUUCUUGUCUUAAAACUGAAAAAAAAGGUAGUUACAAGUUGAAAUCUACAAGUGGUUUUUGCACUUCUGAUUUUAACGUGAACUGUUACUAGUGUUUGGAAUCUUAUGUCAGAAAUAUAAGCAGCUAUGUACUUAGAUUUUUGAAUGGGAGAGGUACAAUGUAGAGAGAUUUCAGAAGGGAUAUGAUCUUUUUAAAAGACUAGAAUGUGAUUACAAUGAUAGAACACACCAGGGUUACCAAAAAAUUGAUAAGCAGCUGGCUUUAUGCCUAUGCAAGUGGUAUUUGGGAAGGUAGGAGGUAUGAAAGGUUGUUUUUAGAUUGUGAUUCAUUCAUACAAAAAAUGAAUGAGAAAGCCUGGUCUAAGAAGAUAUUGUCUUUCAAUAGAGAUGUGUUUUAAGAGUUACAGAUUAAGAAUUAGAGAUUCUGAUUGCUGUUGGUGUUUUGUUUGUUUGGAAAGAAAAUAAAAAUUUCUGGCUUUUAA